AUGAGAAUUAAUUAAAUGUUUUUAAAGUGGAUAAAUCACUCAUAAGUUUUAGAGUUGGAAAAAAAAAUUGCAGAAUUAAAUGAUUAAUUAUAAUUAAUUAAAGAUUAAUCGAUACAGAUGCUCAAACUAUAGGGUUUUAGAGUGGUGAAAUCUCUAGAUUUCAAAAGAAAAUUGAAUAAACCAAAGUUGAUUUAAAAAUCCUUCAAACUAACCUCCUUAAAAGAACAAUCUUAAGAUAGAGAAAAUUUAAUUGAGGAUUAACUUAAGGAAUUAAAAAUUUUUUUUAAAAUUAAUAAUGUAAAAUCAAAAAAAUUUGUUGAGGCUUUGAAAGUUCUUAAAAAAGAAAAAGAAAAUUAUAAUAAUUUAAAGUUAAAGCAACUUUAUUUCUUAUAAGAACUUAACGAUUUAUUGGAACUUGAAUAAUUUGCUCCUAAAAUUAAAAUUUUUUAUUAAUUUAAAGAAAAUCUUUUCAAUUCAGUCUAUUACUAAUGACCGAAAAGAGUAAUUAGAAAAGAAGAAAAAAGACUAUCAAUCUCGANUAACAAAUAUUGCCUUUAAUUAAAGAGAUCCCAUAAUCUUAGUUGGUGAUACUCAUGGUGGAAUUACACUACUUAAAUUAAGUCCUAAUUUAACAAAAUGUAAUAAUUCUGACAUAUCCAUCUAGCUGGAGUAAAACCAUCUAAUUUUCCAGAUGCCAAAGUACCAAAAGAAUUUGAAAAUAUGCCUUUGGAAGAAUAUGAAAAAUAAAAAAUGGAAACGCUAUUACAGGUAGUUUCUAAGUGGGAAAGAGAAGAUUCCUGA